AGUAUUAUUUCAUCAUGCCCGAGCCGGCCAAGUCUGCUCCCGCCCCGAAGAAGGGCUCCAAGAAAGCGGUGACCAAGGCCCAGAAGAAGGAUGGCAAGAAGCGCAAGCGCAGCCGCAAGGAGAGCUACUCCGUGUACGUGUACAAGGUGCUGAAGCAGGUCCACCCCGACACCGGCAUCUCUUCUAAGGCCAUGGGGAUCAUGAACUCCUUCGUCAACGACAUCUUCGAGCGCAUCGCGAGCGAGGCUUCCCGCCUGGCGCAUUACAACAAGCGCUCUACUAUCACCUCUAGGGAGAUUCAGACGGCAGUGCGCCUGCUGCUUCCGGGGGAGCUAGCCAAGCACGCGGUGUCGGAGGGCACCAAGGCCGUCACCAAGUACACCAGCUCCAAGUAAAUUCUCAAGCUCUUUGUCAAACCCAAAGGCUCUUUUCAGAGCCACUCACUAUUAUCUAAAGAAGAGCUGAUUCGCUCUUCCGAACGCUGAGGGCGAGGGAUCAUAAAUCAUUUUGUUGGUCUAUCUGCUAAAUUAAUUAAGCUCUUUGAAAGCCUUUUCAAGUGAAAUAUACACGAGGUACGUGCAUAUAGCUGCCAACACCAUAGAGGGUCCGACCUUGGCCCUUGAGGGCAUAAACUAGGUCCUUAGCAGUGUCUUGCGUUUUGCUUGUUCCGUGUAAGUCAAGCGCACCCGGGAUCACGUUGUCCGGAAAUGCCUUGAGUAUCCACGGGUUUCUAAAAAGAUGAGACCAGUGAAGCGUUUGACACCGCCCGGCCAGGCGGUGGGUUUGGGAUACCUGGAUGUUGGCGCAGCAACUGCGGUGGCGCCCGCUUUACCCAAUCCCUUCCCACAGUUGCGCAACCAGACAUGAUUUUAAGGCCCGACAAAAGACCCAAGGUAAAAGCCAAAAACAGCACUAGGGAAACAAGGCUGGCCUUUUUAAUCAUUCAGACUAA